AGAAGCAUUUUAUAAAAUAAGAAAGAGAGGAAAAAUGGAAAUAACUCUUAACAAUGGCUUCCAAAUGCCAAUGAUGGGGCUUGGAGUUUGGCGAAUGGAGAAGGAAGAAAUCAAAGAUCUCAUUAUCAACGCCAUUAAAAUUGGUUAUCGCCAUUUUGACUGCGCGGCUGACUAUAAAAGUGAGGCUGAAAUAGGUGAGGCACUUGCAGAAGCUUUAGAGAAUGGACUUGUGAAAAGGGAAGAACUUUUCGUUACCUCUAAGCUAUGGAACUCGGACCAUGGACAUGUUCUUGAGGCUUGCAAGGACAGCUUAAAGAAACUUCAACUACAAUAUUUGGAUUUGUAUCUAGUGCACUUCCCAAUAGCCACAAAGCAUACAGGGGUGGGCAAUACCAGUAGUGCGCUCGGUAAAGAUGGGAUGUUAGACAUUGAUACAACCAUAUCUUUAGAAACCACUUGGCAUGCCAUGGAAGAUCUAGUUUCUGCUGGUUUAGUUCGAAGCAUCGGUAUCAGCAACUAUGACAUAUUUAUGACAAGAGAUUGUUUGGCAUAUUCAAAAGUGAAGCCAGCAGUGAACCAAAUAGAAACACAUCCUUAUUUUCAAAGAGAAUCUCUUGUCAAAUUUUGUCAAAAGCAUGGGAUUUGCGUCACGGCUCAUACUCCUUUAGGUGGUGCUGCUGCAAAUCCUGAAUUUUUUGGUGCAACUUAUAAUUGUCUCGACGAUCCUCUUCUUCAGGAACUCGCAAAGAAAUAUGAGAGGAGCCCUGCUCAAAUUGCCCUAAGGUGGGGAAUUCAAAGAGACACUGUCGUUAUACCAAAGACUUCAAAAUUGAAAAGAUUGGAAGAGAAUUUGCAAGUUUUUGAUUUUGAGCUUGAAGAGGAAGAUAUGGAUCUCAUCAAAAAUAUUGACAAGAAAUAUAGAACCAAUCUCAUAUCAACAUUGGCUUGGGGCAUGGAUAUAUAUGCUUAAUUCACUCUAAUCUAGGGUUUGUUUGGUAACUUUUCUGUUUUUUUUCUAUAACUAUUUUUCUGAAAACAUGUGUAUUUGGUAACUAAUUCACGUUUUGGUCUUUAAACAGAAAACUUAUUUUUAAAGUUACGAAGAGACGUUGAAAAUGAAAAAAAAAAACUUUCAAAAUAUAAAUUUUUUUUCAAAAAUAAAAAACAAAAUCAAUUACCAAUUUUUCUUUUGUUUGUUUCUGUUUUUAAUAAAUAAAAAUUAAAAAACAAAAUUUUAAAAACAUAAAGAAAAAAAUCGAAAUAGUUACCGAACAAUACCUUAAUUAUUAUGUACUUUUAUCUAAUUAUUACGUGCUUUAUCGAGCAUUUUCAUUUUUUUUCUCUUUUUUCUUUUUUGAGUGACUAAAAGUUUGGUAGUUCUUUUAUAUAUAUUCUACUCAAGUACUUUUGUUGUUGAAAUAAAAUGAAUAACUAUGGGUUUUGAGGGUGUGAACUUUUAAAUUGUCUACCAAAAUAAAAAGGUCAAACUGGGUUUAAAACUUAGCCUAAUGUGUAUAUUGACGUGGUUUGAAAUGUUUUCAAAUUUUAUAGAAAUUAAUGAUAAUAUAUAGUCGUCAGGGAUGUAGUUGGAAAAACCACGUCAGGAGAGGAACUCUCGACGAACUAUUAACACAGUGUCGGGAUUUCAGAACUCCUAACGGCUAAAUGAAUUAUUGCAUGCGUGUCCUAGUUGUUGUAUCCUCAAAUAAGUUUAUUCUUCAAUCGAAACUCUUGUAGAACAUUAAGAAGGAUCUAACAUUUCAUUUUCUUCAAAAAGGUUGCUAGUUUCUUCUCCAUUAUGUUUAAUUGUAACUCUUUCUAAACCUCUAGGAAAGUUGACUGACUCUCCAUGAUAUAC